AUGACGAACCCAAACCUGGAAGAAGCAUCACAGCGACACUGCGCAGAAUCUCUUGUUUCGGAAUAUGAAGUCAUGUCGGGUGAGACCAAACAAGAGCAAAAACGUGAACGGAGGGACAAAGAUCUUCGAGAAGAAAAAGAAAAAGGCAAUGCCUUGUUUGCCAUGCAAAACUAUGAUGGUGCCUUGGAUGUUUACUGGAGGGCCAUGCGUUCCGUGUCUAUGGUUCCCACGCUUCUAUCCAACAGGGCCCAGGCGCACAUAUCACUGAAACUGUGGGCGCCAGCUCUAUGCGACGCCGCGGCAUCCCUUACCAUUCGUCCCUCAUGCAACAAGACGUGGGCAAGGUACAACUUGUGCAUCUCAAAGCUCACGAAUGUCUUGUCUUCGGAUGGUGCACUCGAAACCGACGACGCUGUUCCCCUGCUGAUGUACGCCGCCAUUCUCGCCUUGCAAACCUCUAGCGUGCCGCAUGCAGAGAACCUCGAUACAGACCAGCAACGUGGAAGGAUCCUCAAGAUCGCAGGGAACGACGCGUAUCAAAGCAAAAACUUCACUGUGGCCAUUGCAAAAUACUCGGAGGCACUACUGAGUUGUGGUGAUACCAUUCUGGCGCUAUUGAACAACUCUGCACUGUGCUCUCUCCACAUCGGAGCGUUCAACGAUUGCGUAGCUUUGGCAGCUGCGUCCCUGAGGAUCUCACCAACUGACAAAGCCAGCUUGGAAGCCGAAAUAGACCGCGCUGGUCAAAUUUGCGAAUCUGGCUCUUUGCGAGGUCUCUUUGCAGCUGGGACAGAGAUGCCACAGUUGCUUUGCAAUGGUUUGGGCCCAAUCGAACCGUUCUACUCAAGAGGCAAGGGUCGCGGAAUGCGUGCAACGGCCGACCUGAGGGCAGGCGAAGUCCUUAUAUUUGAACGGGCGAUCAUCUCCGUGGACAUUACUCUGGGAGAAACCCAAACUCACUGGCAUGCAGAUCAUACAGCGAAGUCAACGUUGAAAUCACGUUUGGUGGACCGAUGCCAACGAGACGGCAUUUUGAGCCGGAUACUCUGGGGUCUCUCAGACGGAACGCAUCGAGAAAGGGGUCUACCACGGUUCUUGCAGUUUUCCCCGACUCUGGAGUCUUCUCCGCUAUUGCUACCUGGUCAUCAUGAAUUCCUUGAGAAUGGAGGAAUGACAACAGUCAGGCUUUCAUCGGAAACGAUUGGUCGGAUCGUCGACAAGAACGUUUUUGGCGGAUCCCGAUCUGAACAGGACUGCAGUCGGCUAUUUGCUUUCAUAUCCAUUUUGAAUCAUUCAGCGACUCCAAAUGCUGCAUUUGCCUUGUGUAGUGUGAUCAGCAACUGCAAAGUUUUAAUUGUCCAAGCCAUGGCUGAUAUCAAGAAAGGCGAGGAAAUUUACAUUCGAUAUCAUCAAGAUGAAGCCUAUGUGAAGGACGAAUGGGGAAUCCCUUAG